AUGUCGUUUAUGCGCGGCGAUCUGCUGCAGAAGGCGCGGCUGCUGAUGCGCGGCGGCGUGGUCGACCCGCCCAAGUGGCUCGACGCGCUCUCCAAAGUGCCCCCGCAGCCCAAGGCGCGGCGCUGCCCCAAGGCGAGAAGGAUAGAGUUUCCAGAGGACCCACUAGUGGAGUCGUAUUACGCAAGACACCCCGAGGCCAAGCUGCAGGCGUACCGGCUGCAGGGCUUUGACCCGCCAGUGGCGCGGCGGUUUGCAUGGCGGCAGCUGGAGCUCAUGCAGCACCACGGGCUCUCCAAGCGCCAGGCGAGAGAUGCCGUGGAGCAUGUGGGUGCAGCAGUGGAUGGCGAGGGCCGCUGUGGUCGUGAUGCUUCUCCACUCCACUCCCUCAUCCUCGCCUCCCCCUCCUUCUUCUUCCGACCCCGUGCUUGCAUUGCAUCAGCAUCUCUUUCCUGUCUCAGCAUGUCUUGUCGUGUUGGGCUUAACCCCACUCAUUCCUCCAUGUUCCCCUGCUUAGUCUCCUGUGUCCACUCUGUGCCUGUCCACUCUGUGCCUGUCCACGCCAACCCAACUGCCGCUACACUUCAUCUGCUCACCGCUUACCCCUCUCCGCCUCCCCCUCCCCCCCCUCCACCACCCCCACAGGCGGAGUUUGCGAGGGCGGAGCAGGAGGAGGAGGAGCGGGCGGUGCAGGAGUGGCGAAGGGCCAUUCGGGAGGGGCGCCAGCCGGCAGCAAUGCGGUGCAGUGCGGUGGAGGAGGUGCAGCAGGAGGAACGCGCCCACAUUCUGGCAGGCCUGGAAGCCAUGGGGGCUCAGCUCGAGGCUGCUGCUGCCGAAGCUGAGGUGGAGGCUCGGGCCGUGCGGAAAAGUAUUGGGAAAUAG